GGUUGACCCUUGAAAACGCAGACAUUUCCUGAUCCGCUGUAGUGGGAGACUGGGGGAGGCGAGCUUUGCCCUUUCGCACUACUCCGUCCUUUCUCUCUCAACAAAUCUCCUUUGCAUUCUAGAGAAAGAAACAGUCUGUAACCCUAGAAAUCACCUCCAAUGGCGUUCUCAGAUCCAUCUCGCAGAUCUCUCAUCCCAACCUUCCUUUAUACUCCUUCGUUGUCAGCUUCAAAGAGCCUCAUCGAUUUGGACAAUCUGACCACGAAUCGGAACCCUAUAUUGCAUUCUUCAUCCUCGCCGUCCGUUUCACCAUCACCAUCCUCUUCAUCGAGGAAGAGUUUCGUGAUUCCAGCUCCGAGCGAGCCCGGUAAGAUCGCCAUGUACUCGCCGCAGUUCUACGCCGCCUGUACCGCUGGUGGUAUUAUGAGCUGUGGUCUCACUCACAUGGCGGUCACUCCUCUCGAUCUGGUCAAGUGCAAUAUGCAGAUUGAUCCUGCAAAGUACAAGAGCAUUACUUCUGGUUUUGGUAUUUUGCUCAAGGAGCAGGGAGUUAAAGGCUUCUUUAGGGGUUGGGUGCCAACCUUGCUUGGUUAUAGUGCACAGGGUGCUUGCAAGUUUGGAUUCUAUGAAUUCUUCAAAAAGUACUACUCUGACAUUGCUGGUCCAGAAUUUUCUUCCAAAUACAAAACAUUGAUUUACCUCGCUGGAUCUGCAUCUGCUGAAGUAAUUGCUGAUAUUGCUCUCUGCCCCUUUGAGGCAGUGAAGGUUCGCGUUCAGACCCAGCCUGGGUUUGCCAGAGGUUUGUCUGAUGGUCUUCCGAAGUUUAUUAAGUCUGAAGGUGCUCUUGGGCUUUACAAGGGAAUUGUUCCACUUUGGGGCCGGCAAAUUCCAUAUACAAUGAUGAAGUUUGCUUCUUUUGAGACCAUUGUGGAGAUGCUCUACAAGUAUUCUAUCCCAACUCCGAAAGAGCAGUGCAGCAAAGGCUUGCAGCUUGGGGUGAGCUUUGCUGGUGGAUACGUGGCUGGUGUAUUCUGUGCGAUUGUAUCACAUCCUGCCGAUAAUCUGGUCUCUUUCCUCAACAAUGCCAAGGGGGCAACUGUUGGUGAUGCUGUGAAGAAGCUAGGCUUGUGGGGUUUGUUCACCCGGGGCCUUCCUCUUCGUAUAGUGAUGAUCGGAACCCUUACUGGAGCGCAGUGGGGUAUCUAUGAUGCUUUCAAAGUUUUUGUUGGGCUGCCAACUACCGGUGGCGCUGCUCCUCCUGCUGCCAUUGAACCUGCGAAGGUGUGAACUGCUGCGAUUAUGGUUGACUAAAUACAAUGCUUUCGCCUGCAAGACUUUGAGAAAGCGGCACUCUUUUUUGUUGGAUCAAUAAUGUAGGAUUUCCGAUGCCUGGUAGGAUUGGUAUUUGAAUGCCAGCGGGGAUUGUAUUCUGUUCAAGACGUAUUAGUAUCUGUUUGCGUUCUUCAUAUUUUUGCAGUUUACCCUCUGAUUCUUUAGAGGAUGGUUUUGAAUUGAUUUCAUCCUCGUAUCUCUGCCAAGAAAUAGUGACUUUGAUACACGACGAUGAUGGGUUCAUGGUUUCCCCCGUUUGGAGGAAUCAUGUUGUACCAAUAAUAACGUGGCAAAUACCUGUAUUCAGGUUCUUUUGUAGUCUGCCAUGUACGUUAUUGUUUUGAUUAUAGUUGAUGCUUUAAAUCAAUUAAUGUGAGAAAUUCCUGUUGAUCUGGUUUA